GUCACCAUUAUUAUUACAUUCUUUUUUGACUUUCAUACACAAUUAGCCGCCGAAGGAUAAUAUUACAAAUUAAAAUUCAAUAGUUUUUCCUCUUUUUUAUUUUAAAUUUAAUAAUCGUAUACCCUAUUCCAAUUUACAAACAAUAUCUUACCAACUUUUUCUCCCCUUCGUCUGAAUAAUUUGAAUUUUCUCUGCACCGAGAUUCUAGCCACAAUUAUGGCUCCGGUCGGCGAUCAGAAACCAGGCUCUGGGUUUUUCGCCUCCUUCGCUUCAACCAUCUCCAGUUUUGGCAGCGCUAUGUCCAAAUCCGUUAAUGGUAUGCUAGGUUACGAAGGUUUGGAAGUUAUAAAUCCCGAAGGAGGCACAGAGGAUGCUGAGGUUGAAGCUCAAAAGGGAAGAUGGAAGCAAGAGGAUCGGGAUAGUUUUUGGAAGAUGAUGCAAAACUAUGUUGGCGCUGAUGUCACGUCAGUGGUGACACUUCCAGUCCUCAUAUUUGAGCCAAUGACGAUGCUUCAGAAAAUGGCAGAGCUGAUGGAAUACUCGCAUCUAUUGGAAUUGGCAGAUGAAUGUGAGGAUCCUCACAUGAGAUUAGUGUAUGCUGCUGCUUGGUUCAUAUCGUUAUAUUAUGCAAUUCAAAGGACCUGGAAACCAUUUAAUCCAAUUCUCGGCGAAACAUAUGAAAUGGUCAACCAUUGUGGUAUUACAUUUAUUGCAGAACAGGUUAGUCAUCACCCUCCAAUGAGUGCAGCACAUGCAGAAAACGAACAUUUUGUGUACGACAUUACUUCAAAGUUGAAGACCAAAUUCUUGGGGAACUCAGUCGAUAUAUACCCUGUUGGAAGGACGAGGCUGACGCUCAAAAAGUCAGGUGUUGUUUUAGAUUUGGUUCCUCCUCCUUCAAAAGCUAACAAUAUCAUAUUUGGGAGAACUUGGGUCGAUUCACCUGGAGACAUGAUCUUGACAAACCUCACCACAGGAGAGAAGGUUGUCUUGUACUUCCAACCUUGUGGAUGGUUUGGUGCUGGCCGAUUUGAGGUGGAUGGAUAUGUAUACAAUGCUGAGGAAGAACCUAAAUAUUUGAUGAGUGGGAAGUGGAACGAGUUUAUGAGUUAUCAGCCUUGUGACUCUGAGGGGGAACCCACGCCGGGAUCUGAACUCAAAGAGGUGUGGAGGGCUGCUGAAGCACCCAAGAAUGAUAAGUUUCAGUAUACGUAUUUUGCACACAAAUUAAAUAGCUUCGACACUGCCCCUAAGAAGCUAUUGCCCUCCGAUUCUCGUUUGCGUCCAGAUCGUGUGGCACUUGAGCAGGGUGACCUCUCCAAAGCUGGUUCGGAGAAAAGCAGGCUGGAGGAGAGGCAACGAGCAGAGAAGAAGACAAGAGAGGCCAAGAAAGAACAGUAUAAACCGAAGUGGUUUGAUUUGACAAAUGAAAUCGGAUCGACACCUUGGGGAGAUUUGGAAGUGUACAAGUACAAUGGAGAGUACGAAAAACGGCGCGCUGAGGUGGAUAAUUCCGACAGCGUCGAAGAAGAAACAGAGACCAAUUCCACGGAGUUCAAUCCAUGGCAGUAUAACGACUUCCCCUCUUCUUCUUCUCAUGCUUGAUUAAGGUUACUUUACAAUGUCUACAUAUUUAUGUUUUUUUAUGCUUGAGAUUGUUUAGUCGACUCUGAUUGGCUAGCUGCUAUACGAGUAUGAAUCUUUGACGAUGCAAGUAGAAUUUGAAAUAUGAGUUAUGGCCAAUUCUUGUUUUACUGAUAAAGUUCAAUUAAUUUUCAUAGUUGCAAUUAUUAUUA